GCAUGAGCCGUCGCUCUUUUUCCAGUGUCGACGCUGAGCAGAGAGCACGACCAGACUUUGAAGAACACAGCUGAAGCGUCUCGUCUUUAUUUUAAAAAAAGAUCAGUUAAGACAAAUAAUUUCGUCAAGAAUUGAUUUUAAAUGAUUGCCGUCAGGAUUGGCUUGGGUAUCCUGUGCAUCUUGUAACGAAGCAGCACUUUUAAUACAGGUGUGUGUUGUUGCACCUCAGCAUGGCUGUGGUCAUCCGUUUGCAGGGUCUCCCCAUUGUGGCUGGGACUAUGGACAUACGCCAUUUCUUCUCUGGAUUGACCAUCCCGGAUGGUGGUGUGCAUAUUGUAGGGGGUGAACACGGUGAGGCUUUUAUCGUGUUCGCCACAGAUGAAGAUGCAAGGCUUGGGAUGAUGCGCACAGGGGGGUCGAUCAAAGGUUCCAAGGUUUCUUUGUUGCUAAGUAGCAAAACCGAAAUGCAAAAUAUGAUCGAGCUUAGCCGUAGGCGCUUUGAAACCGGCAGUGCAGAGGUUGCCACAGGAAAUGGCAGUAGGCCGGGUCCACCGGUUAGUACUGGUGGAAGUGGAAGGGGCAACUUGCCAACCACAGCACAAAGUUUUAGUAACACAACUUCAACUACAGCCACCACAGCAGCAUCAACACACGAGCCUGUAAGCAACAAGACUGUCCUUACUUUUUCCACCACUACCAUGGGCAACAUGCCCCCAAACUUUAAUAAUUUCAGCAGCCCAAGUCUUAGUUUGGGAUCCACAAUGACCACGGCAAUGUCGUCACUGAACUCUGUACCUCCCCCGAUGCCUCCCUUGCCCACCAUGCCAACUCUACCACCGAUGCCCCCCAUGCCAGUACCACCACCAGUAUCCACAUUGCCACCGGUACCAGCUGUUAAUCCACUAACAUCAGUGCCUCAGGUCCCUCCCAUUGCACACAUGCCGCACAUGCCUGCACUUCCUCCAUUCAACCCUGGUGUCCCUCCCCCAGUUGGCCCUGUCGCUGGUGGUUUAGCCUCUGGUCCACUGUCUCUCGGAAAUCCCAAUCCAAUGUUCCUGAAUCCCCUAAACCCUCUAAACCCCCUGAACCUCCAACAUCACAUGAAAUCGUCAGUGACAAACCCAGAUGAGUUUUACAUUCAUCUACAUGGCCUUCCUUUUUCAGUCACUGAAAUUGAAGUUAGAGAUUUUUUCCAAGGACUUGGGAUUGAGUCUGUUCGUUUGCUCAAAGACAACCUGGGUAGAAACAAUGGCAGGGCAUUGGUUAAGUUCUUCUCACCCCAAGAAUCUUUUGAGGCUCUGAAAAGAAAUGCAGGAGUGAUAGGCCAAAGAUAUGUUGAGGUAUCUCCAGCUACUGAGCGGCAGUGGAGAGAGACCUCGGGACAGUCUAAAGCAGGUGGUGAUGCAGAACACAACCGUCAUCGUCGCAGAAGCACCAAUUCGCCACCACCCUCUGGCCGUGAGCGAGCCAGGUCCCGCUCUCCCCACAAACUAGAAUUCUGUGUCUAUUUGAAAGGACUCCCAUAUGAAGCAGAAAACAAGCAGAUCUUUGAGUUUUUCAAAAAUCUUGACAUUGUUGAAGAUAGCAUUUACAUUGCAUAUGGACCCAAUGGCAGGGCAACCGGUGAGGGAUUUGUGGAGUUUAGGAACGAAACAGACUACAAAGCUGCUCUCGGGUGCCAUAUGCAGUACAUGGGUAGUCGGUUUAUACAGGUGCAUCCAAUCACAAAGAAAAACAUGUAUGAAAAGAUAGACACCAUUCGCAAACGGAUGCAGGGUUCCCAAGGUGAUCAGAAGCAUAACUCGGGUGAAGGAGGAAAGAGUGCCAAGAAUUGUGCUCACAUAACCAAUAUUCCCUAUAACGUGUCAAAAAAAGAUGUCCGUCUGUUUCUUGAUGGCAUUCAGUUGUUUGAGGAAAGCCUAAAGGUGUUAGUUGACGCAAAUGGUAACGGUCUUGGCCAGGCUAUUGUGCAGUUUAAGUCCGAUGAGGAUGCACUUAAAGCAGAGAGACUACAUAGGCAGAAAUUGAACGGCAGGGAUGCUUUCGUUCAUUUAGUAACAUUCGAGCAGAUGAAGGAAGUUGAGAGAAAUCCUCCUCCCCAGGCAAAAAGAGGCCAGAAAUCUCAAGGAAAUUCCCAUGCUCAUGCCUAUGCACACUCUCAGCCUCAGGCCCAAGUUCCCCAAGCACCUCAUGCAUUUCCAGGAAUGACAGGGGAUGAGUUUAGUUUUCUGAGAAAUGCUGUAGGGACCCUUGGCAACGGUCCCCCUUUUGUCAACCCAUUUAUUGCCCCAGGUAACGGAUUGGCAGCUCCGCCGCCUUUGCCGCCACUUGGUGCUUCUUUGGGUGAUGUCUCGCUUAGCAUUCCCCCGCCAAUGGUUGGAGGACCUCUGCCCGGUCCUGUUCUAGAGCAUCCUGGUUUCAGACCCGAUGGCAACAGUGCACCUGCCGGCUUUGUUAGCGCGCUAGAGCCCUUAAGGGGCAUCCCACCAUUUGAUAAUGGAUCUUCUCGUAAAGCAGUCAACCAAAAUCGUGGUGGUAGCCAAGGUCAGCGGCCAGCUUCUGAGAAUUUAAGAGGACCAUCUAGCGGUGGUCCAGGUAAUACGCGGCCCACCAUUGUCAAAAUUCAAAACAUGCCCUUUACUGUGACCGUUGAUGAGAUUAUUGAUUUCUUCUACGGCUAUCAAGUGUUGACUGGGUCAGUAUGCUUGCAAUUCAAUGAGAAGGGUUUGCCCACUGGGGAAGCUAUGGUUGCUUUUGACUCCCAUGAUGAAGCAAUGGCUGCUGUUAUGGACCUGAAUGAUAGGCCCAUUGGGGCAAGAAAAGUUAAGAUCACUUUGGGGUGAAAGUAACAUCUUCGUCUUUGCAAAGUGUCUUAUCUUUUGACACGGUUUUCUGGAAAAUUUCCUUAUCCGGUUGUUUUAUGUACAGAAGAAACUGACAAGUAUUAGAUUUUUUUUUUUCUUUUUUUCUGGACACAUUAUUUAUCCAAGGUUGUAGUUACAUGAAGCAUGUAAUAAUUGAGGAGAGACUGUUUAUUUUAAAUUCCUCUAAACAGCAUCGUUUAAUACUUCAGGCCAAUAAUGUUUUAGUUCACAUCUGCAGAUCUGAAAGACGGGCAUGUUUAUAGUGGUAUGUUCAAUAGAGCCUAAUAUCUGCAAUAGAGGUUAGCUGGCAAGUACGUUUCACUCUCAGAUUUCCUCAUUUUUUUGUAUCUCUGCUCAAGUUCUACACAUCUGUAUGAUCCAUGCUGCAUCUACACAUUUCUUUCUGAGGUACAAACCGGGCUGCCGUGCAUUUUGUGCUAAAUUCAUGCCUACAUUUCAGUUACAAUGUUUGCUCUCUGCUGCAAGCUAUUCUCUGUCAAUAAAAUGCAAAUGUUAAUGUCUUUUUCAAUAUCUGUUGCUGUCACAUUGGAUUGCUCUAAAAAGCCUGAUGUCAAACCAAUUCUGUAAAUGCUAAGCGGGAUGUGAAGCAAAUGCAGCAUUGUAAUAUGUAUAUGAAAGCAUUUUAUUCUCUUUGCUUAGCUUCUGUUCUCUUGUUGCUGUGGUGUUUGAUGAUAGUUUCCUUUUUUUUUUUUUCCUUUUGGAUGUUUCGCUUUUUUUCAGUGUUGCUGAAAUGGAUCAAUUGUUAUGCUUAGUUUUCGAUGUUCCAUCGCUUUUUCUCUUGUAAAUACUUUCCAGCUGAACUAUUUUGUCAAUAAAAUGCCAUACCAGAAAUGAUGACACUUAAAGUUAUUGUGUUUUCUCCUGUCCUUUUUUUUUCCAGUUCAGAUAUGAACAAUAAAAUCUUUUGCUGUGACUUGCUUGUUUCCGAUAUUAAACUAUUUAUAUUUUAAAUAUUUUUUCAUCAGAUGUUUUAUUGUAGAGAUUGGACUCUAGCUCUAAUCUAUUGCUUGUUGCUUUACAUUGUCUUUAUAUUGUAGUCUUGACCUUUUCUCACAACGCAUUAUUUAAAAUGUAUUUUUUUUUAUACCUGAGAUGAGAAGGCACUCUUUAAAUAUGUUUCAUGUUUUCUGCUACCACAGAUAAGCAUCUCUGACACCCAUGAAAUUUUGACCUGGUUGUGCUACAGAUGGCUUUUUAAAAAUGCUGUGUCUUCAUAUGUAAAAAAAGAGGAACACAUUUUUGAAUUUCGCUGUUUUUGAACUUUGUUCUGAUGUUAUUCAAGGGAAUGAACAAUUCUCAUGCAAACUGAACUGAUGAGAGGCACAUGAAGUGUUUCAUUGUUUUGGCUGUGGAUUAUGAUGGCAAAUGUUAUGCUGCAUAAAUGCUUUUCUAAAGAUUGUGCAUUUACAUGGUUGUGAUUUUCUCUCUUCCAACCUUUUUAUAAAAUUUUUUUAGAAUUCUACACAUUCUCAAUGCAUUUCAAUCAAAGCAGGUCAAGAGGGAUUGCUCUUAAAUGCUGUUCUUUGAUGCUUUGAAUCUGCUUGUGAUUGUGUCCUGUUCAGAAGAUCAAAAGUUCAGGUUUAUUUAUGCAAGUUAUUUCUCUUUGGGUUGAUCUUUUGUACUUUUGUUGUUGUGAAAUGCUUUAGAAUUAAAUUCAUGAUGAAUUGAGUGGAUUUCUGCCUGUUUCGCAUUCUCGAGCGGUUCUCCAGCUUUGUGGACUGCAUAUUUUGCUUUGUGCCUUUUUGACACUGAGCCUUGGUUCCUGAUUAACAUGUUAAUGUUCAGGUAAGUGCUAAUCACAGACAUGAGUACUGCUAUAAACUACCAGUGAGCAUUGGAUUGUCUACCAGAUUUAUUACUGUUUGUUCUAUAUUUCAAAGGAAGAAUGCAUUGUUUGGGGAAAAAACAUGGAAUUAUUUAGCUUUGUUUUGAGAAAUAAAAUGCUGCUAUGCAUUGCCACAAUUUUGGAAAGAUCUUGACUGAUAUUGCAACAAAUAGAUGUUUUCAAGAAGCUAUAUUUUGUGGAGGUAAGCAAUUGAAAUACUGAGUCUAUAAGUUGUGUAAGAGUUACAAUGCUUUGCAAUGGUGAUUGAUGUGGUGAGACUGGUGUUAAGGAGUGAAGGUUUUUAUAGACAUUUGAAGACUUAUCUACAUUUUAUAUUUUGGUUGCACUGCAAUAUCAAGAAGCAACACAUGCCUCUAAUUUGUCACUGAAAGAUUAUCCAACAAAUAAGGUACAGAGUAAUAUAGGAAUUUGUUUUGUAUUGUUUGUUCGCUUUUUGCAAACAAUUUGCCUAGUUGAGGAAUCUCGGUUACUAUGGAGACAUAGAGGUCAGUGAAAGCACGCUCUGCCUCUGCUCGAUGUUUUUUUUUUUAACCCAGAUGCUACGACAGGUUGCGCUUAACCAGUCGAGGCUUACUGUGCUGUGGCACUACAGAUGCUGGUAGAAUACGU